CUCCACAAGAACGCUGGUACAACACAGAAUUCUCUCUCACGAUCUCUCAGAGAAUCCCACCGGAAAGAUUCGCCUGAAACUUUACCAUAUGACUGGUGACCGGAAAAUGUCGUCUGUGCCGGAGGUAGCGGUGCAGCUACCGGAGAUGACGAAGCUUAGACCGAUUGGUGGACUGAUUGAACCGUCGGACCGAAGCUUAGACCGCCUGAGAGCUGAUUUGUGUCAGUUGAUGCUGAGGCUGAUUUGUGUUGCUACGUCGGUGACGGCAAUGUCGUUGAUGGUUACGGCGGCGGAGUCUAGCACGGUUUCCAUUUACGGAUUUGAACUUCCCGUUCAUUCCAAGUGGUCGUUCUCGGACGUAUUCGAGUAUCUUGUUGGAGUUUCAGGGGCUGUCGCUGCCUACUCUUUGCUGCAGCUUCUCGUUACUACUUCCAAGCUUGUCAGGAAGUCCCCAGUGCUUGGCUCCAGACGUCAAGCCUGGCUUAUUUUCGCUGUUGAUCUGGCCUUGGCAUAUGCACUGAUGAGUGCUGGAUCAGCUGCAGCUGGGAUCUCAAAUCUGAAUCGCACUGGCAUUCGGCACACAACUCUGCCUAACUUUUGUAAGCCAUUACAACGCUUUUGUAACCACGUUGCCAUAUCUAUUGCCUUCACAUUCUUUACUUGCUGCUUGCUCACAACUUCUGCAAUCCAAUAUGUUAUUUGGCUCUCCAAAAACUGAACCCUCAUGAGAAAUGAACCUUCUGCCUAUGGGAAAACUUAAAGUAAAGAAUAUGGUGUUUCUUUCUGUCCCUUCUGAUUUCAUAGUGUCCUUAAAUCAAAUGAAACUUGUACGGUGUGUAAACAUGGUAGCAUCCCACUGGUUUUUUUAGCUGAGAUUGUUCAUUUAGAUAGCUUUUAGUGGUUUUAUGGUGUAUUAACUUUGAUCUCGAGUGUUUUAAAGAAUGAGGUUGUUUGGAACUC